GUGCGUGCACAGCAUACGUCGAUACCAGCCUCGUCGCUACCGGCAAUGUCGACCGAGCCGCCAUCUUCAACAGCGAGGGCAACAGUGUCUGGGCGACAUCCGCUGGCUUCACAGUCAAGCCUGAGGAGAUGCAAGCAGUCGUAGCGGCAUACAAGGACAAGGGCGACGAGCAAGGCGUGAAGAAGGUCCAGAGCGAAGGUCUGCACAUUGCGGGAGAGCGCUUCGUGGUGAUCAAGGCUGAUGACAGGAGUAUAUAUGGCAAGAAGGGACGCGAAGGUGUUGUCCUCGUCAAGACCACACAAGCCAUCCUCGUCACACACUACCCAGAGACUGUCCAGCCCGGUUCCGCUGCCAACACUGUCGAACAGCUUGGAGAUUACCUGAUCAAGGUCGGAUACUAA